UUUAUUUUUUCCGGUAAUCCAGAAGCUGCAGACAGGGUGCGAAAUCAGCGCUUACAUGGCGAUGCAUUUCCUUUUGUUCAGCUAGCUUAUGUGCAGAAAUGCAGAAGCCAAAAUCUCAUAAAUGUUUCUCGUUAAAAAAAUGAAAGGUGACUGAGGGGAUUUCCUGGCGUUAACCACCUACGUGGUCCAAUUUUAGACACACUGUUGCUUGGCAUUUCCGACGGCACUCCGAACGGCGGCGUUUAUUCAGCUAGCCUCGGCGAAGUUACACAUUUAUUAGCCAUAAAAACUUAGCUGUGUAAAUAUGUAACCUGUAGUCGUGUUAGCAUUGUUAGCGUUAGCAGCGGGCUUGUCGCAGUAAUGUUGUUUACAUCCGGUAAUGCUUGUUCGCAUGGAUGUGGUUGAUUGAGGGUUGUGUGAAUUUAUGGAAACAUGUCAAAGAAACGGGGCAGGAAGCGCAGCAGUGGAGAGCUGAGUGAGAGCUCGGCGUCGACCCUGAGUCCGGACCCUGACAACCUACUGGGCCGCAGGAUUCAGCACACCUGGAGGGAGAAGGGCAACGUAACCAAAUGGAAGGGCACAGUUUUGGAGCGCCUGUCUGUGAACACCUCCCUCUACAUGGUCAAAUAUGACGGCUUCGAUUGCGUCUACGGAAUCGAGCUCUUCAAAGACAGCCGGGUAUCCAACCUGCAGGUCCUGGCAGAGAAAGUUGUGAACAAUAAGAUCAAGGUGCCUCCUGGGGCGGAGGAGCUGGUGGGUCGAGCAGUGGAGCAUCUGUUCGAGAAGGAGGACGGGGAGAAAAAUGAGUGGCGAGGCAUGGUGUUGUCCCGGGCCCCAAUCAUGACCCACUGGUAUUACAUCACCUACGAGAAGGACCCGGUGCUCUACAUGUACCAGCUGUGGGACGACUAUAAGGACGGGGACCUGCGCGUCUUGCCGGAGUCAGAGAACAAACACCUGCUGCCAGCGGACAGGAAGCCAGGUGAGGAGCCAGAGAGCCUCGUCGGGAAGCAGGUAGAGUACGUCACAGAUAACGGUCUGAAGAGGACGGGUUUGGUCAUCUACCAGGUCCCGGCGAAGCCCACUGUCUACUACAUAAAGUAUGACGACGAUGUUCACAUCCACGUCUACGACCUGGUGAAGACCACCUAGUACUGACUGUCUGGUUUCAUCUUCAGCUGUUGGCUCAAGUUUUACCCCAACAAGUCGUUACCUGUUAAAGUGUUAAAGGUUUCAGCUUUCCUCCAGUGGGAGGCAACAUGCCGAAAAGGCCAUUUUUUUUUUCUCAUCUUGUCCCAUAUGGGCCUGCGUCAUUCUAUGAUAACAACACAUCUUGGUUUUGAUUCUGAAUUUUAAGUUGAACUUAAAAUAUGGCACUUAAAGUCCUCUUCCAUGUAAAUAAAGCAGAUCUGAGAUCAGCUGUGUAGCCCAGCAGGUGAAAUGGAGUAAAUCGCACGCGUUGCUGUAUGGUGCGACUCCCAAACUCAACAAAAGUUCACACAACACAUCAAACUAAUGUUUUUCUUUUCUCUUUUCUAUACUUGUGUUAUUUAUUUGAAUCUGGAAUAUCUGGCUCUGCUGCUGGUAAGGAAACAAACAAAAAAACAACAAAGAAAACUGUGUCUGCUGUGCUUCAUGUGUGUCACUUGGUAGGCCUCAGUUUGUUCAAUAUAGAAAACCAUGUGUGCUGAUUUCCCAUCGCAGUGAACUCAGAUUUCUGUUGACUUGUAUAAGCAUUAAUGAGACUGGUGUCUCGCGUGAAUAUAAAAACAGAAUAAGUGAAAAAUCCAUGUAUGAUAUUUCUGUUCCGUUUAAUCAUUCAAACUGUCAGUUUUUCUACAUUAAAAUAUAUCAGAAACACUGAUGUUGAUGUCAAGUUGUUUGAGACGGUGUUUGUGCUACGCACUAUUUAUGUAGUUCAAAUUGGCGACCAACAAUGUUUAGUAUUUUGGACUGAAAGUCUUCAUUAUUUGCCAAAAAUGAAUGAAAUACUGUUCAUUGUGACCCUAAAUAUGUUUUGUUCUGUAAAUAAAAAAGACAUUUUUAUGAACGUACAACAAA